AUGACUUCCCGGAGCAGUUCCUCAGCGGACUCUUCCGAUGGACCCGGAUCGGACCCCAUCAGCCCACCAAAUGCGGAGGACAAAUCCUCAGAUGAGGCGCUUGUCGAGCUGGCCGAGCCUGUCGAUCCAGAGGAUGCACUCUUGGAUGAAGCACCGGAAGUUGAGAAAAAGACCUCGGAGGAGGUUCAGGGUGAAGAUGCACAGCCAAGAGGCAAGGUAACGUACAGACAGAAGUCCAACAGCUUGGAGGAUCCGGAGCCAGACUUUGGUGAAGCUGACCAAGGUGAAGCAGACAAUGGAGAGAAUGACGUGCGUGAAAAUGCUCCCUUCAGCAGCAGUUCUUACUUCGAAGAUGCGCCAGAUGAUCCCGACGGAAAUUGGUCAUUGGAGUGGCCAUUAGGCAUGCCCAUGGGAAGCCAGGGUGAGAGUCUAAUGACUCAAAGCCUUUUUGAAAGCCAGCUCGCUCAAGAAGAUGGUGCUGAAGAACUUGUGGAAGUCCCAGAGGUUGGGCUUGAUGAGCCACCUGAGCCACCUGAGCCACCUGAGCCGCCUGAGCCGCCUGAGCCGCCUGAGCCAUUGUCGCCGACCGAGAUGUAUCAGCCCAUUGAGGAAGACAUCGACGACGUGAGGAUUUUUGUUGAGGAUUCUCCGAAAGAGGUCCCGGUCUCGAAGCUUGGGAGCGUUCAGUUUGCCUUGGGCUCUCGCGCAUCCUUGGACCAUGUCUCCGUGAAACCCAGUCGCCAAAGCAGCGAAGCAGAGGUCUAUGACAGUAUGGCCAGCGGGACACUGGUCAGCCCUAAAGCGUCCAACGACUUGAAGUCACGCUUCCGGCAGUCGCGGGUGGUGAGUCAAGCCUUGGGGACUCUGGAUAUACGGAGGACCGUCGCUUCUCCCAUGGAAGGUGGCUUGAAGAAGUCCUCCGCCAGGAUGAUGGCAAGCCCUGCGUCCCGAAACUUUCGAGAACUGGUUCCCAGUGCGGAGCGAGCGCGGCGAAUGCACGAGCUCUAUGAGAAAGAGGGCGAGGCGGAGACAGGUGAGAGCCCGCGUGGGGCGAGCCUCCGUCACAUGCGUCCGGUGACUACUAUCAGGCCACCUCGCACCAGGCCUGUUCCCUGGGUGGACCGAAGGGAACACUUCGGAGAGGUGCGAACAGCACAAAUGGAUUUGGAUUGGGACAUGGAAGGGCACAUCCCACAGGUCUCAGAAGCAGCGCCGGGGUUCUUGUCGGCUGCGCACUUGCGCUCAGAGGAGUACUGGCGUGAUUUGUUGGGACUCGAUGACGAGCAUCAGGCAGGGCGUGCAAACAGAAGCCUGUGGGAAGUUCAUCGCUGCCUGCAUCGUGAUCUUCGUCCUUGUGGUGGGGCACCAUGA